AUGGCCACUGAAGAGGUUAAUAAACCUCUAUCACUCCCUCCUUACCCUGAGAUGAUUCUGAAGGCCAUUGAAGCAUUGAAUGAAAAGAAUGGCUCGAACAAAUCCUCAAUAUCAAAGUUCAUUGAAUCAACAUAUGGGGAUUUGCCAGCCGGCCACAAUUCACUUCUCUCUCACCACCUGAACAAAAUGAAAGAUAGUGGGGAGCUGGUAUUCUGGAAAAACAACUACACCAAGCCGGAUCCUAAUGCACCCCCGAGGCGGGGGCGUGGAAGGCCACCAAAACCCAAGGAUUCACUGCCACCAGACGCGGUGUUGGGCCCAACAAGGCCUAGGGGCCGCCCGCCUAAGGACCCCAAUGCGCCCCCAAAGCCUCCCAAGGUUAAGGUGUCUUCAGGGAGUGGGAAGCCAAGAGGGCGGCCAAGGAAGAUGGCUAAGCCUACCGGAGGCUUAAGUGGCUCGGCCACGGUGACAGAUACAAUGCCCGGGAGGCCAAGGGGUAGGCCUCCAAAAGUGAAGGAUUCGUUGAGUGCUGAAGUUAGUGUUGAGCAAUAG